AUACCUUUAGGAGGAUGAGCAGUGGCAGUCCCCGUUGAUCCCUGCUGCUGCCAGUGUGGGAGAGAGCUGGGCUCUAGCAAUCAUGAGGGUCCUGAAUGCAUUCGUGGUGACGGCGGCGUUGCUGUGUGGUGCUCUUGCUGAACCUGCCCCCGGUUGGCAUGGCAGCGGCACUGGCAGUUAUGGUGGAGGUGGAGGCCACGGCGGUGGAGGCCAUGGUGGCGGAGGCCAUGGUGGCGGAGGCCACGGCGGUGGCGGUGGCGGCUACGGAGGUAUACGUCAAGGACCCAGUAUUGUCCGUGCCCAGCUCGUUGGACACCACACAAGUACAACAGGUGGUGGCGGCGGCGGCUACGGAGGUGGCGGUGGCGGCGGCUAUGGAGGUGGACGUCAAGGACCCAGUAUUGUCCGUGCCCAGCUCGUUGGACGCCACACAAGUACAACAGGUGGUGGCGGCGGUGGUGGCGGCUACGGAGGUGGCGGUGGCGGCGGCUACGGAGGUAUACGUCAAGGACCCAGUAUUAUCCGUGCCCAGCUCGUUGGACGCCACACUAGUACAACAGGUGGUGGCGGCGGUGGCUACGGAGGUGGCGGUGGUGGCGGCUACGGAGGUGGACGCCAGGGACCCAGUAUUAUCCGUGCCCAGCUCGUCGGAAGCCACACCAGCACAAGUGGCGGCGGUGGAGGAUAUGGUGGCAGUAUUGGAGGUGGUAGUUUUGGCGGUGGUAGCUUUGGCGGUGGUAGCUUUGGCGGUGGCGGCAUUGGUGGUAGAAGGUAUGGCAGCGGAGGCGGUGGUAAGGGCGGAUGGUAAACAUGCAAAUAUUCACCAUUUGAGUAACGAGUUUCAGCAACAAUACAGUAUUCAUUUAGUUUGUGCAAACUCUUCAGCAAGUUUCCGCACUGGCAUACGUGCUGUUGCUUUCAGAGUCUGGUAAUCAAAUGAUUUUCCAAAUACUUAAAAUCUUAAUUUCAAAAUUUUAGCUAAAAAUGAUAAUGUACUGUAUAGAAAACGUUUGACGAAAGUAAUAAAAAGAGUAUUGUA